ACCAAACGCAACCCAUAGUCAAGACUCAAGAGCCUUGUUUUCGUGUUCCUCUCUCUCUCUCUCUCUCUCUCUCUCUUUCAGGAAAAUGUUCCGGCUGAGUAACAACCUGAUCGGAAUCCUCAACUUUGUGACGUUCCUCCUCUCCGUCCCCAUCCUAUGGGCCGGAAUAUGGCUGAGCAGGCAGUCGGGCCCCACCGAGUGCGAGAAGUUUCUGGACGCGCCGUUGAUCGUGCUCGGGGCCUUCCUGAUGGCGGUCUCUCUCGCCGGUCUCCUCGGCGCGUGCUGCCGCGUCUCCUUGCUCCUCUGGCUCUACCUACUCGUCAUGUUCCUACUCAUCCUCCUGCUUUUCUGCUUUACAGUCUUCGCCUUCGUCGUCACCAACAAGGGCGCCGGCGAUGCCAUCUCCGGCAAGGGUUACAAGGAGUACCGCCUCGGCCACUAUUCCGACUGGCUGCAGAAGAGGGUGAACAGCACCAAGAACUGGCGCAAGAUCAAGAGCUGCUUGCAGGACAGCAAGGUUUGCAAGAGCUUGAUCGAUGAUGGCUCUACCACCACCGUUGAUCAAUUCUACAAAAAGCACUUGUCAUCUGUUCAGUCCGGUUGCUGCAAGCCGUCAAAUGACUGCAAUUUCAGCUAUCUCAGUCCGACAAACUGGACCGUCUCAGGGGCCUCUUCAUACACCAAUGCAGAUUGCAAGCUAUGGAAUAACGACCCGAGCAUUCUGUGCUUCGACUGCCAGGCGUGCAAGGCCGGGCUGCUGGACAACAUCAAGCACGACUGGAAGAAGGUGGCUGUGAUCAACGUCAUCUUCCUCGUCUUCCUUGUCAUCGUGUAUUCAAUCGGGUGCUGUGCCUUCAGGAACAACCGGGAGGACAAUUAUCUGUGGAAGAGGGGCCCUUGAGCCUUUUCUUCUGCUGCUGUUUGAAGGAUUUUAGAGCUUCCAAUUAGUAUGUUUCAACUCUGUAUUAGUUUCUGCUGAUUGUAUUCUAUUUUCCUGUCUUGUAUAGCUGCCUAUGCCUCGAUUUAUUCAGAUUACAUGUCAGCUAUGUGAUAUAUCUUCUAAGGAGCCUUUUGUUGCAUUAGUUUUUGUAUGACUUAUUAGUGUUAUUUGGGUCACAUCUAAUUAUGAGAUUUUCUCUCCAAGUUCAUAUAUGCUUGGACUCUCUGUUCCAUUCAUAUCAA